AUGCCUACACCUCAAUUACUGAAACGUGAUUGGCAACGUGAUCACGUGUAUCUGAUUCAAUUUCCUCGAGCUGGUUGUAUUCCAAGUUUAUCAAUGUUUUGUCUCAAAUUAGAAACAUGGCUGAGAAUAACGAAAAUUCCUUAUACGAAUAUUAGCAAUGAUUUUACCAAGUUUUCUUACAAAAAGCAAAUUCCAUUCAUUGAACUCAAUGGGCGACAGAUACCUGACAGUAACUUCUGCAUCGAUCAUCUCACUCAAGUUUUUAAAAUUGAUAUGGAUGAACGAUUGAAUGCUAUGGAAAAAGCACAUGCUCGAGCUUUUUCAUAUCUAUUAGAGGAGUCUAUUCGAUGGAUUAUAGUGCAUAAUCGUGGGAAAAAUAACAAAUUCAUGGCAAGAGAAGAAGGCUUUAUUAAACAUUUUAGAGGUGCUAAAAAAGCUCUUUUUCAGUACAUCUUCGUGGAGCAGUUCAGAAAAAAGAUUUGGAAAGUAUGUUAUGCGCAAGGCAUUGGAAGGCAUAGCACUGAUGAAGUUGAACAAAUAGCAAAAAAAGACCUGACAGCGUUAUCGGUUUUUCUAGAUGACAAAAAAUUUUUUUUCGGUUCAACACCUACAACUUUAGAUGCGACAGCUUUUGGUCAUUUGGCUCAAAUAUAUUAUGCUCCAAUGAUAAGUAAUUGUUUACAAAAAUAUAUGGAAAAAAAUACUCCAAAUUUGGUAGAAUUUCUUAAACGUAUGCGUGAAUGCUACUGGAAUGAUUGGGACGAAGCCUGUAAAUUACUCACUUUGAAUACUCAAAAUUUUGCUUCUAAUCGUGGAAAUGGUGAAGAACCAUCAUGA